GUGGUGUCUCGGGAAGCUUGGUGCCAAACUUUAAGCCUUCAUCAUGAAACUGUGCAUAGUGCUCGCUGGGGGACUGGCGUUCUUGUUGCACGCCUUAACCUUUGUCGAUUGUAACGUCCCCAGAACGGCCCAGGAAAUGCUGACCCAGAACUUGUGCAUCUGUCCUUGCGGCAAUCCGAAAGGGGGAAAACUUUACCAAGUUUCGUAUGAUGUGGUGGAGAACUGGUACGAUGCCGUGGCGCACUGUAACGCGUUGGGAAUGUCGAUUGCGUCGAUCGAGGACGCUAGUCAGCACGUGCAACUUCAGCAAUACUUGUUCACACACCGCUACAACCGCAACGUGCAGUACUGGAUCGGUGCAAACAACCUGGUCUCGGGUCGCAAGCUCCGGUGGGGUCUCACCGACCGGGAGGUGCAUAACGCAAACUGGGUCGGCGCCAGGGAACCGCGUUUCGGUCCUUCGCAUGCGCUUUGUGCCACCAUCAAUGGAUAUAGCAUGUUAUGGUCCGGAUCGGACUGUGAAGCGAAAUCAAGGCAGGUGAUUUGUGAAUAUUGAACAAAGCAAUAAAAUAGAAUAAAUGUGUGG